CUCUCUCUCUCUCUCUCUCUCUCUCUCUCUCUCGUCUCUGUCCCUUUCUCUCUUACAUUAGAGUAUUCCACCUUUCGCUCGCAUCGCACUCGCUUUGACAGUGUUAAAUCAAGGCGCUCAUCAUGGCGCGCGUCGUGGCAGUUUUUGCGCACUUGUACCCAGCUGUGUUUAUCGCUUUCGCGUGGAUGUCACUGAGCGGACCGAUUUCAUGUCACAGCGGCGUUAUAAACCGGAGAACCGAACGGGACCUAGAGCUUGACAGCCACGGUGGGCAUGUCAUCGGCAUAGAUGAACCGCUUAUCCCAGCGCCCAGCCGCGGAGAUUACAGUGGGGACCCGGGCGGAGUUCCCCGAGUCCGGAGGGGAUCGACUCCGGAGAAACUCUCUCUACUCAGCAGCUCUUUCGUCCUUAAAGGGGAUGCCACCCACAACCAGGCGAUGGUUCACUGGACGGGUGAAAAUAGCAGUGUCAUCCUCAUUCUGACUAAAUAUUACCAUGCAGACUCCAACAAAGUUCUUGAGAGUUCCCUCUGGCGAUCCAGUGAUUAUGGGACAACCUACACCAAGCUUAACCUGAUGCCUGGGACAACUAUCAUAGUCACAAACUUCUACAUUUGUCCCACUAAUAAGAAAAAGGUGAUCUUGGUGGGCUCCAGCAUUAAUGAACGUGACCAGAUGUUCUUCAUUAGCACGGAUGAGGGCUCUUCUUUCCAACGGCAACCCGUCUCUUUCUCAGUGGAAACUCUCCUCUUUCAUCCAUCCGAGGAAGACAAGCUCCUGGCCUACAGCAAGGAAACGAAGCUCUAUGUCUCCACUGAUCUUGGACACAAAUGGACUCUACUACAGGAGCGUGUUACUAAAGACAGAGUUUUCUGGGCUGUGACGAAAGUGGACGUGGAUCCUGAUUUGGUUCACAUGGAGAUUCAGGACAUUGGUGGUGGAUACCUUUAUGUGACGUGUCUCAUCCAAAACUGCUCAGAUAAAAUGGUGACAGCACAGUUCUUGGGAAAGAUUGACCACAAUUCCCUCUCCGUGCAAGAUGAUUAUAUAUUUGUAAAGGUAACCAUAGGAAAUCGCACCAAGCAUUAUGUCUCGUACCGGAGGAAUGAAUUUGUCCAAAUGAGGUUUCCAAAAUAUGCCCUUCCAAAGGAUGUGCAAAUUGUGAGCACAGAUGAGAAUCAGGUAUUCCUGGCUCUGCAGGAAUGGUAUCAGACAGACACAUACAACCUCUACCAGUCAGAUACACAAGGGGUCUAUUACUCUAUUGUGCUGGAGAACGUCCGCAGCACCAAGCAGCCCGAAGAGAACGUCCUCAUCGACAUCUUGGAGGUUCGUGGAGUUAAGGGCGUAUUUCUGGCCAAUCAAAAAAUAGAUGGAAAAGUCACGACUCUCAUUACUUCUAACAAGGGCAGAGAUUGGGAACGUCUGGCGCCGCCCACAACUGAUAUGAACGGAAAACCUGUGAACUGCAAGCAGCCUGACUGUCACCUUCAUCUUCACUUGCGAUGGGCUGACAACCCGUAUGUGUCUGGAACAGUGCACACUAAAGACUCCGCCCCGGGCCUUAUAAUGGGUGCAGGUAACCUCGGCUCUCAGCUGGUUGAAUAUAAAGAAGAGAUGUACAUCACCGCAGAUUGUGGCAAGACCUGGAGGCAGGUGUUUGAGGAGGAACAUCACAUUCUCUAUCUGGAUCAUGGUGGUGUCAUAGUUGCCAUUAAGGACACCUCAAUACCUUUAAAAAUACUCAAAUUCAGCGUAGAUGAGGGACGAACAUGGAGCGUUCACAACUUCACCAGCACUUCUGUAUUUGUGGAUGGACUUCUGAGUGAACCUGGAGAUGAGACACUGGUUAUGACGGUAUUCGGCCACAUAAGUUACCGAUCAGAUUGGGAGCUGGUGAAGGUGGAUUUCCGCCAGUCUUUUCCCAGACAGUGCACAGAAGCUGAUUAUGACUCCUGGAAACUCACUGACUUGCAGGGAGAGAAAUGCAUCAUGGGCCAGGAACGAAUGUACCGGAGGAGGAAAGAAUCAUCAUUUUGCAUUAAAGGAAAGAGCUAUACGUCAGCUCUAACGGCUAAACCUUGCCAGUGUACAGAGAAAGACUUUACCUGUGAUUACGGCUUUGAACGCGCUCCCAGCCUCAAGAUAGAGGGUGACCGCUGUUAUCCUGACUUCUGGCAUGAUCCUGAUGCUCCACCUGAAAACUGUCAUUUAGGACACAGCUAUAAGUCCAGCACAGGUUACCGGAAGGUCAUCGCUAAUGUGUGUGAGGGUGGCGUGAAUAAAGAAGAGAGCUCAAAGCAGCAUUCCUGCCCUCUGCUGCCCCCUAGAGGCCUGCAGCUGGGUAUUAAAGGACAGAUGUUGGCUGUGGCACCCGGCGAUGACAUCACCUUUAUAGUCCAUCAAGAACAGGGUGACACCACCAGCACCAGAUAUCAGGUCGAUUUGAUGGAUGGUGUCAGGGCUAUAUAUGAAAACCUGACUGUCACAGAUGAACCCAUUCAGCACCGUUAUGAGAAACCUGGUGUUUACAGUGUCAAUGUGAAGGCUGAAAAUUCUGCGGGACAUGACAAAGCCACCUUGUACAUCCAGGUCACGGCUCCUCUACAGGAUGUUCAUCUUGAGGUUGUACCAAUAGCUGGCAGAAAUCAGGAAGUAAAUCUCACAGCUAUAGUGCUACCCGCUGAGGCAAACCUCACAGUGUUUUACUGGUGGAUUGGAGAUAACCUUCAGCCAAAACUGACGUUGGAGAACAGUCUGAUUACCAGAUUUUCCCAAAAGGGGGAAGUUCUUGUGACGGUUCAGGUAUCUAAUGGUCGCUCCAUGGUGCAGGACAGCAAGAUUGUACACGUUUAUGAUCGUUUCCAGGUCAUUCCACUGAGCUUCAGUCAUAAUUUGGACCACUUUAAUCCAAAUAUCCCUGAAUGGAGACACGAUGUGGGGCAGAUCGUCACGAAAAUCCUUGCCAAGCUCACAGGGGUUCCUCAGGAUUCUCUGGUUACCAUGGUGAAGCCUGGUCUUCCCACCACUGCAGACCUGUAUGUUCUUCCUCAGGACAGCACACCAGUGAAAAGAAGUGUGUUUGUGGACAAGCGUGUCCCCACCAUAAAGCAGGUUCUGAGUGAGAACAAUGUGAGCUUCAUCAUCAGAGGAGGACUCCGAGUGCUGGUGACUUUAGCAGAUUCAAAUGCAGGAUCUGUAACUAGUGACUUGUCUGCCAGCCCAACAGAGACUGGUUCUCGUAUGGGUGCUGCAAGUCCUGGUGUUUGGGCUCUGGCUGUAAUUCUUCUGAUAAGUCUGAUCUCUGCUGCAGCAUUCAUACUUUUCAAGUUUAAAAGGAAAAACUACAAAAACCAUGGUUCCUUGCUGAGGCCAAAGGAGAGCAGCCUAACGCAUCCCUGGCUGCGUUUCAGAAAACUGCCAGGGCGAAACUUUUACGCCCAGAUGCACAACGAGAAGGAGCAGGAAAUGACUAGCCCUGUCAAUCACAGUGAGGACACACAGAAUAUCAUCCAGAGCGAGGAGUUCAUCGAUGAUGACAUGGACUCGCAGACACUAGGUAACGCUGGAGGCAACCACUCAGGGGUGGUGUUGAGCAUAAAUUCAAGGGAGCUGCACAGUUACCUGACAAGCUGAUGACCAAUGGGAGGGUGCCAGUGAUGAGCACAAUAAACUUUGCCUUCCUGCUCUCUUACUACCCUUACAGGAGAGAGUGCAGAGAAACACCUGCAACAAACCCUCUCUCGUCCUCUCAUGACCUUCUCCAGCCUCUGUUCCCUCACUCCUGACGGUGGAUUUUUGUGCCCCAGGUGCACUGAUGACCACGUACACUUGCAUACUUGUCCUGUAUGACUGUUUAUCGAUGUUGUUGUCAUCUGUACACCCUGCAGUCUGUCUCUUCUCAAUCCUGUCAUUUCUCACCGCGGGGCCCCGGGAAGCGGCCCCUACCUGUCACUGCACUUCUUAUUGCCCAGGGACAAACACACUGACCAAACACAACACCUUUCUUCACUUGUCUUUUCUGUUUCAUCCAUUCUUUCUAGACUGUCUUUGUAAGUGAAUGCUGUACAGGUGUGGUGCGAUGCACAUAGUGAGCAGGAUACGAUUAUACGUUUGAUUCAAGGGAAGCAACGUUUGUUAGAUUUAGCCAAAGGGAAAACACUUAAAAUAUUCUACACGUCACUUUCUUUAAAUGCAAUAACACAACAAAACAUACUCUCUAACUUUGAAUCAGUAAUAAUAUAUAUUUUGCCGUAAAGUUGUAUAUUUUUUGUCUGUGUCCCAUCUGGCUCUAUUUUAGUAACGUAGAGAUUAUUAACAUUAAAGGGAUAGUUCAAUCCCAGUUUCAAAAAUGAAAAUUCUGUCAUCAUUUACUCACUCCCAGGUUGUUCCAAACCUGUCUACAUUUAUUUUU